UUUAGGCUAGGUGGCCUAGAGAGUGGUUAGAGACUGUUGAAGCCAGAGACACCAGCCUUGUAGGCUACUUACAAAUCAAAAACUUAAGUCACAGAUUGCUGGCGAACUUUUGGAGAGGUGUAAAAGACAGUGAUGGAUUGGACAUAAGAAAUACACCAUUGUGAUAUACCUGUGUGGACAACAAAGAUGGGGACGUUUAAGACACAGCUUCUGUGGGACAGCAUAAGUAAGGGUGACCUAGCAAACACUAUCAAUCUCCUGGAGAAUGGUACCAUCAACCCAGAGGAGAGAGACCAGAAUGGGAGGACUUUCCUUAUGUUGGCCUCGGAGACUGGAGAGCUGAACAUCGUCAGGGAAUUACUGGAGUAUGUAGACACCAAUGCUGUAGAUAAUGACAACUGGAGUGCCCUGAUGUGUGCUACCAAAAAUGGACACCUGGAGAUUGUCAUCGAGCUUUGUGAGAAAGACGCCGACAUUGAACACAGAGAUAUGAUGGGAUGGACAGCUCUGAUGUGGGCCUGUUACAAAGGCUGGGAGGAAGUUGUCAGUGAGCUGCUGGACAGGGGAGCUAACUGUAAUAUCAAGGCCGAGUUCAACAUGACAUGUCUGUCAUGGGCUGCUGGACGAGGUUACACAGAGAUUGUCAAAGAGCUCUUACAGCAUGGGGCCAAAGUCAACAUGGCUGACAAGUACGGGACAACUCCUCUGAUCUGGGCUGCCAGGAAGGGCUAUCAAGAGAUUGUCGAGGUUCUGUUAAAGGAUGGAGCCAAUGUGGACACAACCGGCAUGAAUUCCUGGACUGCUCUGCUGGUGGCAACCAAGUUCGGGAGCUCAGAGGUGGUCAACCAGAUCCUUGAGUAUGACCCUAAUAUCAAUGCUGUUGAUAAGGAUGGAUUUUCUGCCCUGACCAUUGCAGCCAAGGAGGGUUACAUAGAGAUAGCACACGACUUGCUGGCCAAGGGUGCUUAUGUUAACAUAGCAGACAGAGCUGGUGACACGAUCCUGAUCCAUGCUGUUAAGAGCGGCCAUGUAGAGAUUGUUAGGGCUCUGCUGAACAAAUAUGCUGAUGUGGAUGUCCAGGGUGCGGAAGGAAAGACAGCUACCUACUGGGCAGUGGAGAAAGGUCAAGUGGAUAUCCUAAGAUCAUUGCUUGAUAAUAACCCUGAUCUGGAAAUCAGUACAAAGGAUGAGGACACCCCAUUAAUGCGAGCUGUGAGGAACAGGAACGAACAAUGUGUCCGUCUCUUUCUGGACAAGGGUGCUAAAGUGUCUGCUGUGGACAAGAGGGGAGACAAUGCCCUACACAUCUCUCUCAGAGCCAGAAGUAAGAGGAUCACUGAGCUGUUGUUGAGGAAUCCGCGUAAUGGCCGCCUGUUGUACCGCUCCAACAAGGCAGGCGACACACCCUACAACAUUGAUGCCUACCACCAGAAGAGUAUCCUCACACAGAUUUUCGGCCAUCGAAACCUGAAUGCUAACGAUGGUGAAAACCUGUUGGGUUACAACAUCUACACGAGUGCCCUGGCCGAUAUACUCAGUGACCCUUCCCUAAACACACCUAUCACUGUAGGCCUGUAUGCCAAGUGGGGUAGUGGAAAGUCCUUUCUUCUUAGCAAGUUACAGAAUGAGAUGAAAUCAUUUACUAAGGAGAGUGUAGAGGAGCACUUCACACCAUUCUGUUGGGCAUUGUUCUUUCUUCUUCUUGUCCUCAACAACAUCAUCGGUGUAACCAUCGCUCUAAUCUGGGGCUGGCAGUAUGGCCUUGGAGUUGGACUUGGCAUGUUCCCUUUUGAGUACUUCUGUCUGGGUAUGGUGUACCAUCUUGCCCAGAAGUAUGAACUGCGCCUUGCAGUGUUGAUCAGUCUCUCGUUGGGGAGGAAGAUGCUAUUGCUCAAACUGCUACUAAAGGUGCUCUUCUGUAACCCUGCUCAGUGGCCGCAGCAAGUCAAUGAUGGUCACACAGUCAAGUUUCUAUUUUCUGAGAGUACACGUCUAGUGAGUGUUGGCGGAGAGAAGUCACUGGCAGCCAUGGUAGGCACGCUAGGAGAUGUUCUGGAGCAGGAAUACGGAGUUUUUGUGGCGAGGCUCUUCAGGGUUUUCAAACCAAGCACUGGAAAGAUAUACACAGGCAGGUUUAAAUCUCUGUGUUGUAUCCCAUACUUCCUGAUUGUCAUCAUCGUCACACUGUGUAUCGGUGUAGGCGUCACACUGCUGGUCACAAACGGUAUCGACGACGACAACACAGUGUCUGUUAAUGCAGCCAUGAUAACCUUCGCCUCCAUUGUGGGUUUGUCUAUCAUCAGUAAUGCCUUCACCUGGGGGAAAGCAUUAUUGGCCCUGCUUCGCUCUCAACAGUCCAGAAUCAACCAGGCUGCUGACAAGAUUGAUGUCAUCAAGAUGGACGGCCUGAUGCAGAAACUAAAGUACGAGGUGAUGCUGAUGACUAAAAUGGUAACCUGUAUGGAUAAAUUUAAGAACGGUCAAACUCGGUUGGUUGUCAUUGUGGAUGGACUGGACAGCUGUGAGCAGGACAAAGUCCUACAGGUGCUAGACAUCAUCAAGGCCCUGUUCUCAGAUGAAGAUUCACCCUUCAUCACCAUUCUGGCUGUGGACCCUAACAUUAUCAUUAAAGGCAUCGAGUCCAAUCUGAAGCUUGACAUCCAUGACUCUAAUGUUAAUGGGUUUGACUACCUCCGAAACUCGGUUCAUCUUCCCUUCUACCUUCAGAGUCAGGGCAUCAAAAUAGAGAAACAAGACAUGGCGGGAAGCCCUACCCCUGGGGAUGAAUCCCCUACUAGGAAUAAGACAUAUCAGCAUCAAGAUUCUGUAUGGUCAUCCUACUCCAGCUUAGAUGGUAAAAAACGGACUGGCCAGCGUAAGGAUACUAGUAGUCACGCCUCCAAUCUGGAUAUAUCUCACUCAUUAACAAAGACUGACUACUUCAGUGAUAUCAACCCUCGCAGCAUGAGGCGCCUCAUGAACAUCGUGGCUGUUACAGGGAGACUGCUGCGUGCCUACAACAUAGACUUUAACUGGCAUCGCCUGGCUGCCUGGAUAAAUCUGAUAGAGCAAUGGCCAUACAGAGUGUCCUGGAUCAUAAUGUACUUUGAGGAAAAUGAAAUGCUCGACUCCUCAGUAACUCUGGCCUCUGUUUAUGAUAGAGUGGUAGACAGCAUGCCGUCAUCCCGAGAUAUUGAGCCUUUGUUGGAGAUUGACCGUAAUGUUCGUAAACUGGAAACCUUCCUGAGAACAGGAUCCAGAAGCAGCCCUAUACUGAAUGUUGGCGACCUAAAAAAGUUCCUUCCUUGUGCCAUCAACCUAGAUCCUUACCUUCGAAAGCUCAUCAGAGAGAUGCAGAAGAAUGCAGAUCUCUAUGGACAAGGAAGCCCAUUUCCAUCAGCAAGCCCCAAACCUGGUCCAAUGGGUGGUCCAAUGACUGGUCCCAUGUUAGGACCAAUGAAUGGGCCAAUGGCAGCCCCAGUCCGUGGACAGGACCCUCUACAAAGACGACCAGGAGCGCGAGUCCAGGGAGCAGGGUUGUCGUCAUACUCUUUGGAUAGAAGUCUGCCCAUGGCGCCUAUGCCCUACCCGCCCUACCCGCCCUACCCUGGCAUGUACCACCCACACUCCUACAUGGGCAUGCCCUACCCCAGUCACACAUCAUAUGGUUUCAACACACAGAGAAUGGGUGCGGACACUGUUGAAAGCACGGUACAAGUUCAAAUUGAGGGCUAUGAGGAGAAAAAGCUGAGCAUGCUCAGUGUGGAGGAAAUGUGUGAUUUAGUGUCAAAGGUCAAAGGUAUAAAUCAUUCCAUGUUGGAACAAUAUCAGGCCUGUAUCCAUGACAACAAUGUUUGUGGACUAGUGCUGUCCACCUGUGACCUUGGAGAACUAGGCAAGGUCAUCAAUAUGAAAUUUGGGGAUUGGCAACUGUUCAAAUCUGCUGUUAUCUCAAUGAGAAAGAAGGAGGAGGAGUUGUUAGUACUAGAGGAAGAACAGUUGGAUGCAAUGUCAUCUAGUAGAGAUGUUAGUCCAGAACAUGAUCUGGACAAAGCAAGUGGGGGUCAGGAAAUUGAUGAAACGGAUAUCGGGAAAGUGCAGAGUCAGUCUGCUUUUGAAGAUGGGAGAAAGAAAUCAAUAUUAGUCACAGCUGAUAGUGUGAGACGGAAAAGCCAGCCUUUUUCUGUUGAAAGAAAAAAGUCUGUUCAAAUCAGUGACGAUGUGAUAUUUUCAGGAUAUAACGACCAAUGCGCUAUGGGAUCAUAUCGUCCCACCCUAGUUAAACAGGACUCUGUGUACAGUGGUCAUAGUCAGCAAUAUGCAGGUUCUUUAGACAGCAAGGAGGCUUCCAGGAGUCAGUCAAUACCACAUACAGACAGCCUGGCAAGACAGAUGGAGUUUGAAACAGGUUUACUUCACAAGGCCAUGAUGCACUUUACAGAAGAAGACCAGGACGAGUCCGGGAGAAGAAGACAACUCCUCUCGUACCUCUCCAGUCAAGUUUGGACUAGACGAUUCUGAUUUUAUGUCAAAGGACAGUACAAAAAAGGA